AUGGCCCGCUCCGGGUCUGACGCCAAACGGGGACGGCCCUCGAUCCGCCUCAUCACGUCCUACAUCUUCGACUGGGUCAUCCUCCUCGUCGUUGCUGCCGUCGGCUACGUCCUCGGAGUUAUCACGCCCAACAAGCGGCCCUUUUCCUUGGUUGACCCAAACAUCUCCUUUCCCUUUACAGAACACGAAACUGUGCCGGACUGGCUGCUCUUUGUCUUGAGCGUCGGCGUCCCUGUCGUCAUUAUCAUCAUCGUCUCCAUCAUUUUCGUGCCUGGGGCCACAGUUCCCAAGAACACCCCUGCUUCGCUGAUAUGGAGACGGAAGCUAUGGGAGCUUCACAUUGGUCUGCUGGGACUCCUCAUGUCCGUCGCUUGCGGCUUCUUCUUCAUCAGUGGGAUCAAGAACAUGUGCGGCAAGCCUCGACCCGACCUCCUCUCACGAUGCCAGCCAGACCUCGAGAACGCGGCCAAGUACAUUAUCGGCGGCUUCCAGGGCGAGUCUAAGCUGGGCAACAGUAUUGGUCAGCUCUAUUCCGCAGAUAUCUGCCAGCAAACAGACAAGGCGAAGCUCGAUGAUGGCUUCCGAAGCUAUCCCAGUGGCCACUCUGCUGCCUCCGCGGGCGGCCUCCUCUACCUCUCGCUGUUCCUUGCCAGCAAGUUUGCCGUAACCAUGCCAUUUGUGGCCACAGGGUCUCAUUCGUCCAACCACGAGGUUCAUGCUGCGUUUCCCUCCCGCUUGGGGUCCGCAGUCGAGCAGUACGACGACGAUGCCACCGUUCCCAUGACGGGUAAAGGCGCGAACCAGACCAUCGCAUACAACUCGAGCAUCCAAGCUCUACGUCGCCAGGCGGCCGCUCCCCCCGUCUACCUUCUCGUCAUCACCGUGGCGCCCUUUUGUCUAGCCAUCUUCAUCGCAGCAUCCCGCUGGUUCGACUUCCGGCACCACGGCUUCGACAUUCUGUUUGGCUUCCUCAUCGGCGUCUUCACUGCCAUCUUCAGCUUCAGGUUCUAUCACUUGCCCAUCACCGUGGGAGCUGGUUGGGCGUGGGGUCCUCGCAGUCCAGACAGGGCGUACUGGGCGGGUGUUGGCCGAUUGGGCUAUGCUGCCGACAAUGACGUGGAGCGUGCGACGCCGCGUUCUGCCAACUUUGGAGAGUCCACCGAUGUCGAGGCUCGGCCCGCUUCCCUGUCGAUGCCCGCAGCUAUGAGCUAUCGAUCUCCAGUAUCAAGGGGUGAUCCGUAUCAGGACGUAGAGCUGCACAACUUGGAAGGGGGUCCAAGCCAAGGGGCGCAACGAAUCAACUAA